ACAAUAGCUCUGAUAAGCGCUGUCUGACAGGCAUUACGGUGGCACACCUUUUUCAUUCUUACUGUCAUGGCCAGUAGACAGCUCGGGAAGUUGAGGCAGUGGGCUGGUGAGAAAAUAUCCUCGCGAGAUAAGACUAUCGUCACAGACGAGUUCAAGGACAUCGAGCAGGACAUCGAGCUUCGAAAAGAAGGGAUCCUGAAGCUGCAGGCAGCCGCAGAAGAUUACCAGCAUGUGCUUUCCAAAAAGAAGGAAUCAACCGUUGCACAAGAGACGGAGAAACUCGUGCCGCUGGAUGCACUGGGAAUCGUGAUGAUCUCCCAUGGGGAAGAAUUUGGAGACGAUUCUGCUUUCGGGACGUCACUGGUGAAAUUGGGUAGAGCCCAUUGCAAGGUUGCCACCCUGCAGGAGGCGUACGCCCUCACUUUUCAGGAUACCUUCAUCACCUCCUGCCAGAAAUUUGUUCAAGACAUUAAGGACUAUGAACACCAGCGGAAGAAGCUGGAGAGCAGGAGGCUGAGCUAUGACGCCGCCAUCACUAAGUUGGAUAAGAUCAAAAGCAGCAAGAAGGAAAAAGAAAAAGAGAGGCGAGAAGCUGAGGAUGAGCUUCAACGCAGCCGUCUGCGCUACGAAGAAACUGCUGAGGAUGUGCGCUCCCGAAUGCAGGCUAUUCAGGAGAACGAGAUACAACAACUUCGAGAGUUAACGUCGGUUUUGGAUCUUGAGCUCAAUUUUGCCAAGCAGUACUACGAAGUAUUGCAGGAUGUGAAAGCAAACUGGUGUGACGAACGAUGGCAAAUUAAUUCUGUAUCCAAGGCGUCCGUGAUUUCCCAUGCAUCUGGUGCAGUAGCUUCCUCCGACGGUUCCGAUGAGCAUCAUUCGUCGCCUAUCUCCACCCGCCGCAAGUCGGACGCAGGGAACAGGACUAUCUCACGACCAUCGUCGCGGGCGUCUCUGAUGUCACAUCUGGUACCCCCCGAGACUCCAAAGGCAGACAAGUCGGGUAAGAUGAUGAACGUUACUGGUUGGGCAUCGAGUGCUAUGAGCUCGAUGACGGGAAGAGGGAAGAAAGACAGAGAUAACUUUGCAACUCUCACCAACGAUGACGACCCUGAGACAGAUAUCACCGACUCUCCCCGCCCUCCAAGCUCUCGAUCCUUUUCUCGGAAAUCACCCAGCUCGAAGGCGAAAGAGCUACUUAAUGGGUCCCCCAAAAUGCCGACUCAAAUCAUGAAGCCGCCUUCCCAAUAUGCACGAAAGCUUGUUCGGGCGUUACAUGACUUCACAGGUUCAUCAGAUGAGCUCACCUUUAAAGCUGGUGACGAAAUUAUUGUUAUCCAUGAAGUCCUGGAUGACUGGUGGCUUGGCGUUUUGUCAAACGGUCGGAAGGGGUUGUUCCCCUCUACGUAUACGGAAAUCAUUUCAUUGUCAUCAUCUUAUCGAAGCUCGGCGCAGUCAUCUGAAGACGACCAUACUGCCGCGAGCGAGGACAGCGAAGACGAUAUCGGUUACCUUCUCGGAGGUCGUGUUAUGGACACGAGUCAUCUAUCUACGAGAUUUGGACAUGGUUUUGAUACAGAGAGUGUCACUAGUACCGUUCCUGAAGAUGAGGAAGAGUCAAGGUUGGUGACAGCGAAAAUUGCUGAAGAAGAUGUGUACUAUAACCCGCGUCGCACAUCUCCACAACUACUUCCGCCUUCCAUCUCAAGCAGCCGAUCUACCUCUGAUACCGGCUUUGCAAUCAAGCGUGCUCCCCCGCCUCUUCCAUCACGUCGCCCGACUAACCCAGCUGCUCCCCCGCUACCUAGCCGCAACUCUACCAGGACCCAGUCACAAUCUAACAGUCCCCGUCCUCUGACAUCGGCAUAUCUGACACCAUCGCCUUCUGCGAGUAAUGUGCAAGGACCAAACGUCUCACCUUUCGAUAGCCUGUUGGAUGUAUCUUCCGCUUAAAGCUUGGGAUGCAGUUACUCCAAUUCUGCGUGGUGGUCUUGGAUUAUUUCCAUUGGUGAUUCGACAGGCCAUUUAACUGUCGUUUUACUAAAUUAUUGACUGACUUACUUACACUACGUCUACGGGACUCAUCGGAUAGGCGAGCUCAAGGCCCUCUAGGUCAAGUUCGACUUUUAUUUUAUUUUGUUGCGUGCAUUCUUCAAUACGAGCUCUAGAAUAGACAUCUUCAUCAGUAUUAACUACAAAAAUAUAAUCAUUUGGUGUCACACU